CACGCGCUGUGCAACGACCAAGAAAGACGACCAACUUGGUACGCUGAAAGGAGGUGUCUUUCGUGUCACGACUGCUGUAUGUAGCUGUAAAGAGGACGAGGUGGUGGAAUUUUUGCGAGAUGGACGAAUGAUAUCGACCUUGUACACGAUAAAGAGGAGGUGGUGGAAAAAUGAAACGAGGGGGCACGGCGUGACAGAUUAGCGCGUGCAGGAGACAAGAGUGCGUAAAAAUGCGAUAUCCCUGCACGGAUUUCAAUGCGAUCACGUCGAAAUCUCAAGAAACUGGGAUGUGAUCUUGCCUACAACUAGAGUGGUUCCUUCAACUGCGACUCCUUAACAUCGCAGGAAAUCAACGUAUAAAGUCGACGUAUCACUGCUGCGGGGGACUAUGACAUUACAACGAACACAACUAUUCUUCUACACAACUAGAACAAUUCUAGUUGUGAAAAAACUCACUUCUGCACAACCACGCGAGAGGACGACAAAGUUGUAAGAGAAAAAGCGGCAGAGCACCAGAAGAAAUAUCAAGAAACUCCAUCUACAACAAGCACCCAGUGGCAAUUGGUCCUUUGGUCGAAGACAUUUUUGAAGUUGAAAUCUGACGCUAGCCAUAUUCUACGAAAUCUGACGCUAGCCAUCGUCUACAUCAACAAGCAUCGAAUUUCACGGUAGAAGCAAGCGAACCAUCAUGAUCCCACCAACGGAUGCGGCUUUGAACAAACUGUCGCUGGAGUAUUCCUAUGAGGACAUAUUGCAAGCCACAGGACACUUCUCCCCUAAAUGCCAACUGGGUCAGGGAACCUACGGUUUCGUGUUCAAGGGGAAUUUAAAUUAUGGCAAAUAUGAUUGCUACAGAGUUGUAUGAGUAUGCAAGUAGACACUUAUUAUAGCUACUACGCAAGAGGUACCAUGACAUGACAUGACAAGUAUAGAAGACCGACCACCUCCCUUCCUGACAAGACUUUAUUCGCAGAAUAUGCAAAAGAAUCACACUUGCUGGGUGACAAGGUGGGUUCUCCCAAUCAACUGCCUUAUAUAUAAGUUUGAUCUCUAAUCCCCAGAUGGCACCGAGGUCGCCAUUAAAGUUUUGAACCAACCGAAAGAAAGCGGCUUUAAGGAAGAAGUGGAAGUGCUGAGUAAGUUCCGACAUCCGAAUUUGGUGAUUUUAAUGGGCUUCGCGAGAGGAAUUGCAAAAGAACGCUGCCUGAUAUAUGAGUUGCUGGAAACUGACGUGUGCUCACGGUAUAAUUUUACCUCUUUAGUUUUGAUUGCUGGAAACGGACGUUUGCUCACGUCGGUAUUUUUCAGAAUGCUUUUUCGUGAGAAAGAACAUACUUAAACCAAACCCAACUCUGACUCUGUAAAAUAUGCUUAGACUUUUGCUUUUGCAAUCCUCUACUUGGAGGUUAAAAACCUACCACUUCGAAUUCUACCACUCCACGACAGUCUCUCCGAUACCACACGAGCGCCGUUAUCCGUUGCACAGCGUCUGUCUAUCCUCUUAGACUGCGCUCUUGGUCUCUCGCACCUGCACAAUGCGCGUCCGCAGGUUUUUCAUCGGGAUAUCAAGAGUCAAAACAUCCUGUUAGACAGAAAUGGCACGGCGAAAAUGGCAGAUUUCGGUUUGGCAUUACUCGCCAUGGCCGGGAACAAAUCGACUGACGGAGGUAUCAAGGUGGAGCAUACGAGCGGGACUAUAGGCUAUGCAGAUCCGCUGUACAUCAACAGCUCUAUUGUUAAGAGUACAAGAAAACUCCCAUUUUCAGAGGCAUCUUGUUCCCGUUUUUUAAAGGGAAAAGGAGAUGACCCAAGAUGUUGCUGAGGAUGGAUUUCCAUUAGCUCUAAUAUUGUCACAGAGAAGUCCGAGGUCUACUCCUUUGGGAUGGUUGUUUUGGAGAUCCUGACUGCUCGCCCUCCAGCUUUGCAAAUGCCCGAUGGCCGCAUAGAGUAUCAAUUUAACUCUGUUAUGCGAACUCCCAGUCUUCUGCCGCAAAUGCUGGAUCGAGGCUCGUCAC